AGAUCCGCGAUUUUUCCCCCUUGUCCGAGAAGGCUAGGUGUAGAUCUUUCCUACCAUAAGAUCAGGGGUAUGGUUGGCCCUGGGGGCAGGGUUGAAACAGCCUACCCCCUUGUAAAUAAUUUGGAUAGUGUUGAUAUGGGCGUAAAACUUGUGAAAUUACUGGUUUUCUGAGUGUUCUAGAGUCUGCUGGGGGUAAUGAUAUACAUGGAUUUAUGGAGCGCAUAGAGCUCGUUUAUUGAGCGGAAACAUGCGCUAUACAAAUGUUAUCUAUCUAUCUAUCUAUCUAUCUAUCUGUCUAUCUAUCUAUCUAUCUAUCUAUCUAUCUAUCUAUCUAUCUAUCUAUCUAUCUAUUUCAUGUACUAUGAUUAUGACUAUGAUUUUGAUGAUAACUAUUAUGGUCAUCAUCAUUAUCUUCAUUAUUAUGUUGAAGUUGCCCACCUCCUAAUAAAUAAUUUUGAUAGGGCUGGUAUGGGCGUUAAACUUAUGAAAUUACAAUUUUACAAAACCUCAAAAGCAAAGCAAUUAAUAACAAAAAAUUCCAUUGAUAUCGAGUAUAGAUCUGCCUCGUCUGGAUCGAAUGCUGGCUAAGAUAGCCUGUCCUCAGGGCUACCGAGUAUGGGAAUGCAUUAUUGUAACAGUACCUGCCUUAGCCAUUGUUGGACCUGCGCCAAGGAUAAAAGCUCUAACGCCGCUGUUCAAGGCUUCAGUUAUUCUCAGGCGCUUUCGAGGAAACCGGCAACUUUAUUAUGUCGACCGAAAUCAGCCAAUGUUGAAACUCUGUACGGAUUGUCACUGAGACGUGUUAAAUUAAAAGAUUGUCACUUAGACGAGAUUUUUUUUCUGGAAGGACAAUGGCAGAAAAACAGUCCCAGAUUGAAUGGGCGGAACGAACGAGAGCCAAUCAAGGCUCUUCUUGUGAAAUGGAUCUGGUCCUGGAGGACUACGAAGAUGAUUAUGAGGCUAGAGGUAUACAGCAUGUUCUUUUUAAGAGAUGCAAGAAACACCCAGGCCACAAGGACUUCGUGCCGCUUCCUCAGCUGGAGUUGCAACAUCUUCCAGAGCGAUGUCGGCGCCCAGACGUGCUCAGAUUGGUGAAGAAAUAUGCAGCAACUGCUGUGAAGCUGAUAGUGAGAUACACAUCUAAAGAUAGACCAGAUCACUUCGCCUGGCCAGAGCUGAGAGGCAAAAAGACGCCCCGUUGUGGAUCCGGAGCCAUUUCGGUUUUAAAGAGGAAAAAUGGCGGAAAACCGAUGCCGUUUCUUUUUCCCAGCUCGGCAACAGGGAGAGCGCAGUACAGCAGUAGUUCCGAUCCGACAACGCAUAAUCCUUCCACACCAGGAGAUCAAGCAAGAGGAGAUGGAGGUUCAGGAGCUGGUCAACUCUGCGGUCCCUCCGGAAUACGUACUCAAGAUAAGAACAUGUACAAAACACAAAUGUUGGAAGAGAAUGAAGGAACAGGAAAAGGCCCGAAUCUUGCAGAAAACUCUCCGGAUGAGGGUGCAGAAAGUAACACUGAAACAAGCCCAAAUGUUGGUCAGUUUGGUCGGUGUCCAGUUACUUCAGGAACAGGAGGGGACGCAACUGGAGCGGAUGACUCGGUCGGUUGUGAAACCACGACAAAGUCCUUUCGUCAAACAGCCAAGGAUGAGGGAGAUCCAUCAGGGCACCCGAAAACCCAGAACAUUAGUUCUGGAGCAACCAAGGCGACAAGUGGUGGUGCCCGGGAAGAGGAAGAUGAAGAGUUUGUCCUCAAAGUCACCACUGCUGCUCAUGUUGUCUUCAACGAAGAGGAAGCCCUGCAGACAAUUGUGGAGCUAUUUUACGAUGACGAUGAGGACAGAUCCAGUGUUAUUUUGGCGAAAGGGAUCAUGCUCACUGAGGCUAAAAUGGAAUUUGAUCGGACAACGUUCUUAGUUCGCCUCUUCAAGAGCGAACUUCUCCCGACUGUGUUGGAAAGACUAUGCACUUCAUCUCCAGGUGGUUUGGGUGAGUUCCCAGACCUUUCGUUUUGUGUUUCCCACCCCCAUGGUGUUGCAAAGAGGGUAACUUUCGGGGAUGUGAAGAGCGAAACGCUGCUAGGGGGACCUCACAUUCAACACGAGACUGUCGGACAACUGGUCAGUAUCGCCCAGUUCAGGCUUGGAGUUGAAGAGAGAAAACUUUUGUACUAUUACUUUUACUGUAUAAAACUCGAGAACACAAUAACUGAACCAUCUGCUUUUGGACUUUCACCAUUAGACCAAAAGAGAGAAAUAAUGAAACACCUUGUGGGCAAAGGUCUCAUAAAGUGUCCAAAUAACGACGAGUUGGUACAGCUUGGUGAGCUCUUUGGGGAGAAUUUGGAAAUAGACAAUGAAACUGUUGUCCAGAUGUUCCAUGACAAAGAAUAUAUCAACGGACACUGCGAUGCACAGUCUGCCCCAACAGGUCCUCAAGAGGACAUCGCCGGUGCAGAGAACUUUGAAAACCCCCAGAUCCCGGCACCUUCAGGCAGUCACGACCAAAAUUUUGCCCACCGCUUGUGGAAUGUGGUGAAGGAACAAGUUUACAAAGAAGCAGAACUGGAUUAUGGGAAAGCUAUUGCAGAGGGACUUACUGAUAUUUGUAAGACGAAAUACUUUCUGUCCACGUGCCCAGGAAGUUCCGGAGCAGACGUGGUGUGCCUGAACGUGGUGGACGGGAAAAGACGCAUAUCCGGUGUGCCGCAUUCUCUGGGCACAGGGAUCAGUGGAGGGGGAAGUGCCGUGUAUCUCUGAGACUAAUCGCUACCCCAGAAUCACAAAAGUUCUAUCACUGCUCAGUAGGCCUAUCUAGUUUUGAGAAAAUUGACGACAAAAA